AAGUAUCGAAAUGAAAUCGGCUUUAGUUUUUGGUUUACUAUUCUUGGGUGCGACUCAUUGCGCCCAAUUUAGGGUCAAAAACGUGAUGGGUGGCGACAUCUGGAUCGGAAUUUUGACCAGCAACAAUUUACCAUCAUUGGAAGGCGGCGGAUUCGUUUUGGGACCGCAGCAGGAAAGAGCUAUUAACGCUCCGGAUGAUUGGGAAGGAAGAUUUUGGGCGAGGACCUGGUGCAAUUCGGGAAGUCAACAUUGUGAGACCGGAGAUUGCGGUAACAAGGUGCAAUGCAAUGGAGCAGGAGGCGUUCCUCCUGCUUCCUUAGCGGAGUUCAAUCUGAAGGCUUGGAACGAUGGAAAAGAUUACUACGAUAUUUCUUUAGUCGAUGGUUAUAACGUGGGCGUUAAAAUCGAACCUCUUGGUGGUAGCGGAGACUGCAACGUCCUGCAUUGUUCCAACAAUCUGAAUGAUAAUUGCCCGAACGAGUUGAGGAAGUACGGAAGCGGCGGUACCAUUGCUUGCGAAAGUUCUUGCAACAAGUUUGACAAGGACGAGUACUGCUGCAGGAACGAAUUCAAUGAUCCGAAAAUAUGCAAUCCCAAUACUUGGGCUGUGAAUUCUGCAAAGUAUUUCAAAGAUAACUGUCCUGAUGCUUACAGCUAUGCUUACGACGACCACAGUAGUCUGAAGACGUGCAUGGCUGGAACCUAUCGUAUCACGUUUGGUUAAGAAACAGAUAACACAAAUGUGAUACAUAAAUACAAAUAAAAGGAUUGACUGCAACAGAAUUUAGAAAUA